GUCAUACCGUGUCCGGCCGUAUCAUGUGCCCGUGCUGGUCGUGGUGUCGUUUAUUUGUAUUAUAGUCGUCGCCGCCGUCGUUUCUCGUCAUGUUCUCCUCGACCGUUUGUCAGCUUGGCCGCCUCCUCAACAGCGGCAUCCGCAGCCGCAGCCGCCUGUGAAGUGACCGAACUCGCGCGCGCACCCACCCACCCACACACACAUACACACUUACACACACCCGCAUGUCAGACAUGACUUAGGCGGUCACCGGUGUGUAUGCUCGUGCCCGACAAGUGACCGGUCAGCGCUAGGCCUGGUACACCGUAGUUGUAGGGCGACUAACAGGGCCGGUGUCAUCAAGCCCUUGCCUCGCAGCAUCCGCCGCCAUGGCCGCCGAGAUUUCGGUUACCCUGUCCCGGCCAGAGAUGCCUUCUGGCCUGGGUUUCUCGUUACUCAGUGUUGCCGACUGCCCGCCGGUCAUCUACGAUAUCAUCGAGAACACGCCGGCCGCCGAAUGCGCCAAGAUCGAAGUUGGUGAUAUUAUCAUUAAGAUAAAUAAUGAAGAUGUACGAAAAUGUACAAUUAAAGAAGUAUUGAAAUGUUUGAGAUUAGCACAAAACCCCAUUAAUCUGAAACUAGUUAGAGAUCCUGCUAUAAAAAAUAAAGUACAUGAUAAACUGGCUGAAGAUGAAAACUCCCCUCAGUUAUUACUCCGUGAUAUAGAUUCCCCGCCACCUCCACCACAACAUCAUCCACCACCAUUAGAAAUGGUUACUAGAACAAAUGCAAAUAAAGUUGAAGCUCCUAAGUAUGAAGCAUUUAUGAUGACUGGUGAAAGAGUUAUCAAAAUGUCUAAAAAUAGCCAGGUAUCUUUAUUACCAAAGAGAGAUCGAAAAGUUGAUUGUCUGGUAAAGAAUGGUGGCCCCAAAAAAUUCCAUAAAGUAAAUUCAAAUUCUGUUCCUAGUAGUCCUGUUGAAAAUGAUCGACCAAACAUUACAAAACCUAAUUCUGGAAAUACAUCACCAGUUUCUCCUCCUCCUACCAAUAUGUCCAAUUAUAAACGUGGCUCUCGUUCUGAAGAUCCUUUGCGUUCCAACUCUGAAUAUCCAAUGUCUUCUACUACCAGUAUUGACACUGAAGACGAAGAUAUUACAUCGUCUUGUAACACCUUAUUAAAUACUAAUAUAAAACCACUUGAAAUGGAAGACAAAAGAGUGUUGUGGACUUAUAAUGCUGGUCAUGUUCCUGAUGAGACAUCAGCUUCUUGCAAUUCCCUCCAAAAAGUUAUAUCACCUACGUCACCGACAUCCAUAUCCUCAUCAAUAAUGUCAUCACCGUCUGACCGGCGACGACCAGCCAAAGGAUCAUAUCGUGGCAACAGCCAUCCAACUAGCAGUCAUUCAAAUAUAUCAAGUCCUGACUUCCAAGACACUGCAGAUUCAGAUUUCUUGAUCAACUCACGGGAAUUAGAAGUGACAGAUCCAAGUGACAGUGAUUCAACUAUUCUAGCAAGCGAACCAAAGAUUAGAAAGCGAUCUACAGAAGGACAGUAUACAUAUUAUGAUAAUAAUCAUACAGACCAUCGAAUUGUCAUACAGGUGAAAGGUCCAGAAAAAACUAAUUUAGUUAGAGAUACUGAAAAUAACAACAGAUAUUAUAAUGACAAGGAAAACAUGAGUAACAAUGAAAAUCAAGAUUUUAAAGAUGAAGAAGAAGUUCAACAUUUGUUGGCACUAAUGGAAGGUGCCGCUCAGUUAGCUAAUUCUGUUACCAAUAAUGACGAGCACUGGACACAAAACGAAGAUUUUGAUUCUGAUAGUUUGCAUAGUUUUCAUUAUUCGCCUAAAGCUGUAGAUAUACCUUCAGCAGUAAGACUAGCAAAACGCUUAUUUUAUUUGGAAGGAUUCAAAAAAAGUGAUGUAUCACGACAUUUAAGCAAAAAUAACGAGUUCAGUAGAGCAGUCGCUGAAGAAUAUUUGAAAUAUUUUGAUUUUAAAGGAAAUUCAUUAGAUUUGGCGUUAAGGCAUUUUUUGAAACAAUUCAGUUUGACUGGUGAAACUCAAGAAAGAGAAAGGGUAUUAGUUCAUUUUUCAAAACGGUUUUUGGACUGCAAUCCCCUAUGUUUCAACUCUCAAGAUGCUGUACAUACAUUAACUUGCGCCAUUAUGCUAUUGAAUACAGACUUACAUGGUCAAAUGAUUGGACGUAAAAUGACAUGUAAUGAAUUUAUUGAAAACCUAGCCGGUUUAAAUGAUAAUGAACAUUUUCCACGAGAUGUUCUUAAAUUAUUGUACAUGGCAAUUAAGUCUAAUCCUCUUGAGUGGGCAAGUGAUGAUGACUUGGAUGAAAAUCAACUGAAAAAUGCAAUUGCUAGUCAACCAAUUGAUAGUCUUGGAAAUAAAAUCCCUGGCCAAAUAGGCAAAAGUGGAGGAAGCUAUGAAGAGAAUGUCAUGACACAAGCUUUAGAGUAUAAAAAAGGAUAUGUGAUGAGAAAAUGUUGCAUGGAAUCCAAUGGAAAGAAAACUGCAAGAGGGAAACGCAGUUGGAAAAUGUACUAUUGCACAUUACGUGAUCUAAUUCUUUAUUUACAUAAAGAUGAUUCUGGAUUUCGAAAAUCUCAAAUUAGUGAUAGUAUUCAUAAUGCAAUACACAUACAUCAUGGCUUAGCUACUAAAGCUAUAGACUAUACAAAAAAACAACAUGUGUUUAGACUAGUUACUGCAGAUCAAGCAGAAUAUUUAUUUCAAACUAGUGAUUCCAAGGAAUUGGAUUCGUGGAUAAAUACAAUUAAUUUUGUAUGUGCUAGUUUUUCUGCACCACGAUUGCCAAGUGCUGUUGGAAAUCAGAAAAAAUUCCAAAGGCCAUUAUUACCAUCAGCUCCAACAAAAUUAAAUUUGCGAGAACAACUUCGUGAACAUGAAGAUACUUUGAGACAACUAGAAGUAGAGCUUGAAAUCCACAAAAAGAAACCUCCAGAACGUGGAACUAAAAACAUCACAUUGCAAUUUUAUAAAGAAAAAGAAUCACAUUUACUGGAAGAAUAUAAGCGUUAUAAAACGUAUGUUUACUUGUUAAGAUCUAAAAUGAUUCAACACCCGGAGUAUGACUCAAGUACUGCAUUAAUGGAGACUGAUGAUGAAGUAGAAUUGGUAUCUGUUGAUGAACAAAACAGUUCAUUGCCAAUUUCAAACAGAGUUGCCAGGUGCAGGGAUACAAUAUUUUAUUUUAGAAAAUUGCAGGGAUCAAUUUACAUUAGGCUCUGUAUAUGCAAGUUUGGUACAUAAUUUCUGAUAUUGCGUAACACUUAUAUUAUUAACAAAUAUGACCUUUGCAAUGAACUGUGAUUGAAAUAAUGUUGAGUUCAAACUAAUUAGCUUUUGCUUAAUUUCUUUUCUAAUCAAAUGCUUCAAUUUUAGAAACGCAAUGACAUUAUAAAAAAACUAAUUUGAAAUGUUUGAAACAAAUAAAUUGUUCAUUCAUUUUUUAAUUGAUGAAUAAAAAAAACAAUUAUUUGCAUUAUUUAUCAGACUUUAUAUAAAAACAAAUUUAUCUAAUUUGUAUGGUAUUAAAGCUUCGUUCUCCUUCUAUGAAAAUAUUUUAAAUCAAUAAAAACAAUACUCAGUCUAUUUUACACUCUACAUUUAGUUAAUUGAAAAAUAUUUAAUGGAUUUAUUAUGAUUCAUUUAUAAGUACCCGUUAAAUAUUUAUAUGUAUAAGUACUAAACAAAUGUUUCUAAUACAUUUUAAUAUUUUACAAUGGUUUUAUUUAAAUGGGACCAAUAAUUAAACUAUUUUUUUUCUUUCAAUAAUUUGUUAAAAUUGUUAAAAUUGAAUUAUCUCCAGGAGUGUUAAGUAGUACUUUAUUAAAAUCCUGUGUACUUAGAAAUAGCAAUAACCUAUAAUGCCUCUAAUAAUUCCAUAAGAAAAAUGUAAUUGAUUUUCUCAGAAAUGGUGGACAAAAUAUUAUAAAUUAAAUACAUUCAAUUUUAUUCAAGAAAUGUUAUGAUAUGAAUUUAUAGCAUGUGUCAUUUAUUAUUUGUUUGCAAUUUUGCUAAUAAACUUAUAAAUUUUCCAAAAUAUACUUUUUAAACAUUGUAGGUAUUUAUGUUUAACAUUUCUUAGAUUAUUUCUUACAAAAUGUAAUCACAAAAAAAUAAAACAUAUAACUGCUUUGGUUGAUAUAAAAUAUAACACUUUAUUACACUAUACCACAUUACACUGUGCUGAUUGAUAAUCACAAGAAAUUUGCACACAAAUUUCUGUUUUGACUUUCAUACAACACAUUAACAUUUUUCGCGAGAAUUGUAUUAUUAUUACUGUUAUUAUUUCUAUUUUAUCAUGAGAAUGUUUUGUGUUUAUGCAUGGUAAAGGAAUAUCGAUGCUUGAAGCUGCAAAAUAUGCCACUGGACUUCCAAGACAUUGUCACCUGGCUGUGUAGUUAAUCGUUUUUGUUUAUUUUAUUUAUCGUUUUUUUUUUUAAUUAUUAUUAUUCUAAUCUUAUUAUUUUGUGGUUAUUCUCAACACUUGAUAAUGUUAUCGAUUCCUAAUCAAAAGUAUGCAAAUUAAUUCUGAACAAUAAAUAUAUACUACACAUAUAUAUUUACCCCUAUGUAAACAUUAUUUUAAUUUAUUUUAUUUUGAUAUCUAUAUUGUGUGUAUAAUUAAAAUAAUGUUUGCAUAAUAAAAAUAAUAAUUAUAUAUUAUUAUUUAUUGAUUAGACUAGUAUUACACCAUUUAUGAAUUUGAAGAAGUACAUUUUGACAUAAAAUUAUUCACAUUUUAUAUUCCAUUUAUUUUUAUAAAUAUUUAGUAUUGUUUUUUCUCUGUCUAAUGUUGAUCUUAAGUAAUUUAUUAAAUUAGUUUCUAGUGAGUUACUCACAUUUAAAUACUUAAAUAUCAUAAAUUAAGCAGAACAUGUUAUUUUUUUCUAACUGACAAAUUUAGUUUAUAUUUUAAAACCUAAUGAAGUAGACCGACUUCAAGGAAAGUAGUUGAUAAUGAUACUUAUGUAAAAAAUAUAUAUGUAUAUAAUACAUAAACACUUUCAUCAUAGUAAAAAUCAUAAAUGGAAUAGAUUUUAAUAUUGUCAUUCCUUGUUUAGAAUUUAAUUGUAUAAUGUGCCAAAUUAUCUUUUGAUCUGUGAAUCCUUAAUUUAACUUUGACUUAUUUAAACUACCAUUAUUCAAUAUCUAUUACUUCUACAUACAACAUAGUUGUCUAAUUUAUAAUGUAUUACCUACAUAAUUGUUUAAGGAAAACUAAUAUCCACGAUAAAUAAUCAUUAAAAAUGUUAUUUAUUUAAUUGUAAAUUUGUUUCAAAGUAAUGUAAGUUUUUUUUUAUUGUUCAUAAGGAAAUAUUGAUCUUUUAUUGUUAUAUACUAUGUGGUUAUACCUACUGUAAUAUAUCAUUUUGUAAUUCAAUUCACUUCCUCGUCGAUAACAAAAUCAUCACUACUUAUUAUUAUCAAUAUUAUGAUAUACCAAAUAUAAACCUUUUCUUAUGUUAUUAAUGUAAGGUGUAUUAAAUAUGUGAACUUUGUUAUACGGUGUUAUUAAGCACUAUUAUUGUUAGUUUUUUUUUUUGUGUGCAUGUGAAAACCAUUAAGCUGCAGUACAAUUUAUUGUUGUAUGCCGACCACAAAUCAUUUUUUAAUUUAAUAUAUUAUAAUAAUUAAAAAAAAUUGUACAUAAAAUCAAAACCAAAAUUAGGUUAUUAACUUCACUACCAAAAAGUUUAAAUCUCUGUAUGCUUUGAAAUAUUUUCAGUAUUAAUUGAUACAAUUUUUUUUUUUUAAUUUAUAUAUAUAUAAAUAAUGUAAUGUGCAAUAAUUAAGAAAAAGAGUUUUUGUUUUGUUUGCUUUGAACAAAUUCUGUAAUUUUUAUUUUAUGAUUAAAUUAUUUAUCCCACGGGCUGUGUUCAUAUUGAAGCGAAUUGACUUAAACAUGGCUUUGUAAACUAAUUUUAUUUUAAUUUGGAAUUUUAAAAGUAUCUAGUCCAUUUUUUUUUUAAUAAAAUAUUUAUGAUAACAAGAUGAAACACAUUUAUGAUAAAUUAUUAACAAUGCCACUGAAUAAGAGCAAACUAUUUAUUAUUUAUUACUAAUUAGAUCUUAUUAAUAUUAAUACAUAAACAAAAUAAUAUGAAGUGUAUAUUAUAUAAAUAACUAGGUAUUCCAUGACGUUUGUAAAAUGCUUGAUUGAUAAUGUUGAAUCAACAAUAAAUAAAGGAAUUACCAACUA